AAUGAAAAUGCACAAUUAAUAGUAAGUUUGUUAAUUAUGCAAAUGCGACACUCAUUCAUUGCAUAAUUUGCAUAAUAAAAAUGAAAACACAAAAAACUGGAGCCUCUAAUUACAACAUCUCUUAAGUUGAAUCAUUGAACAUUAUUGCAGAAAGGAACAAAUGGAAGCUAUGUUAGCUUUUUCUGUUCGUUCACACCACAUCCCAAUAACACUUGAAACACAAACAUCAUUAAAAAAAAACAUGUUCUUGAACUCACAAAUACAUUUAACACUUCCAUUAAUUCGUGGGAAUACUUCAAAAUUCAAGCUUUUCACUGUCUUAUCAUCUUCUCCAUUAACAGAGUCCAGUAGUAGUAAUCUUCAAGUGGAUGAUGAGGAGUCAGAAGUUGAAGCAGAUUCAGAGAAAUUUGAUUGGUACUCACAGUGGUAUCCAUUGAUGCCAAUUUGUGAUCUUGACAAAAGAGCACCUCAUGCUAAGAAAGUGAUGGGAAUUGAUGUUGUUAUAUGGUGGGAUAGGAAUGAAGGUGAAUGGAAAGUUUUUGAUGAUGCAUGUCCUCAUAGAUUGGCACCUUUGUCUGAAGGAAGAAUUGAUCAAUGGGGUAGGUUGCAGUGUGUGUAUCAUGGUUGGUGUUUUAAUGGAUCAGGUGAUUGCAAGUUUAUUCCUCAGGCACCUCGUGACGGUCCUCCUAUUCAUACGUCGAAAAAAGCAUGUGUAGCUGCUUACCCAAGCACUGUGCAGAAUGAUAUCUUGUGGUUUUGGCCAAAUACCGAUCCUCAAUACAAAGAUAUUAUCACAAAGAAAACACCCCCAUUCAUACCAGAAAUUGAUGAUCCAUCCUAUAGUAGCUUAAUGGGGAACAGAGAAAUUGCUUAUGGGUAUGAGGUACUGAUUGAAAACCUCAUGGACCCUGCACAUCUUCCAUAUGCACACUAUGGAAUGUUGAACACUCCAAAACCAAAAGAGAAACUUGAUAGAGAAGGAGGAACACCACUUGAAUUGUCAAUUGAAGAGUUAGAUGUAAAUGGUUUCACAGUAAAUCAGGGUUGGACUUGGAGCGAAAGCAAAUUUAUGCCACCAAGCAUCUUUUAUGCAUAUUCUGAUAAAUAUGAACCUGCAUCUUCUGUUGAAACUAAGAAAUCAUCGGUUCAGAAGAAAUUUGCUUUGAUCUUUAUUUGUAUUCCUGUUAGUCCUGGUAAUAGCAGACUAAUUUGGUGCUUUCCAAGAAACUUUGGACUGUGGAUUAAUAAAAUUGUACCGCGGUGGAUGUUUCAUGUGGGAGACAACUUGGUUCUUGAUUCAGAUUUAUAUCUUCUUCAUGUUGAGGAAAAGAAAAUAAUGGAUGUUGGUCAAGAAAAUUGGCAUAAGGCAUGUUUUGUUCCAACAAAAGCAGAUGCUCUUGUGAUUGCUUUCCGGAAGUGGUUAAAUAAGUAUGCAGGCGGUCAAGUUGAUUGGAGAGGAAAAUAUAGUGGAGCUCUUCCUCCUACACCUCCUAGAGAACAGCUUUUGGACAGGUACUGGAGCCAUGUGGUGAAUUGCAAGAGUUGCAAUUUGGCCUAUAAGAGCCUUAAUGUGGUGGAAGUGGUGCUGCAGAUCAUAUCAGUUGCUGCAAUUGGGAUUGUUGCCAUAAUGAAACACGGUGCGGUUUCAGCUGUAACAAGAAAUUCAAUGGUUGUCCUUGCGAUACUUUCAUUCGCGUUGUCACGGUGGUUAGCUCACUUCAUAUACAAAAACUUACGUUAUCACGACUACAACCACGCCUUUCGCUGAAAUGUGUUUCCUUAGUUAUUGUAGUCCAACUUUGUAAUGUAUAUAUGUGUAUGCAAAGUGUUAUAUACAAAAUGGAUUCAAAGGUGGUGGUUUGGUGAAAUGAAGCACAUGUGCAAGAAUGCUAUAUAAUUUGAGAGAUCAACAAUGAGAUUAAAAUGUAACUUUUUAUUUUAUGUUAUUACAACUCUCUGUUAAUAUCGUUGGAUUA